AUGGGUGACCGAACAGACAUCGAGAAAUUGCAGGAAAUGGUGAAGCUACUGAUAGAUGAGAGAGAUGCGGAAAGGGCAGCCCGCGAGGCUUUAGAGAAGAAGAAUCAGGAAAUACAACCCGUGAUGAACAUGUUCAAUCAUGGGAAUAUGAUAACCUUUCCCGAAGGACCUCGUAUAGACGCUAACAAUUUCGAGUUACGCAUGCCCCUUAUUCAAAGGGUCGAGCAAACUCCUUUUGCAGGUAGGGCUACAGAGGAUGCCAAUCGCCAUCUCUCCAAAUUUGUGGAGAUCUCAAACACUCUCAAGUUGAAUGGUGUCGAUGACGAUUCCAUAAGGGUAAGACUCUUUCCCUUUUCAUUAACUGAUUCUGCUAAAGAGUGGUUUGAAUGUAUGCCCAGAGAAAAGGUCUCCACAUGGAAGGACAUUGUAGCUGCCUUCCUCGACAAGUACUAUCCGUCGGGCACAAUAUUGAAGCUCAAAAGCGAGAUCUUCCAAUUCAUACAAGGCCAUGACGAACCCCUCUAUGAGGCAUUUGCUCGUUUCAAAGCCCUUCUCCGAAAGUGCCCUAACCAUGGUUUCACCGUGGACCAUCAGGUAGGAAUUCUCUAUAAUGGGUUUAACGAGAAAAUUUGUGCUAUGCUUGAUUCAGGUGCAAAUGGAGGGUUCUUAAGGAAGUCAGGUGAGGAAGCCAUGGCGGUGAUAGAGGAAUUCGCCACCAACAGCAGGGGGUGGUCGAAAGAAAGGCAUAACCUAAAAAGGAUAGUUGCAGUUGAAGAAGCCGAGGAAAGCUCUUUUGCAAAGGAAUUGGCCGAGCUUCGAGUUAGGGUGGACCAAAUGGAUUCAUCAAGGAAGGAGGACCCGAUUCCACCAACCUCCAUUAUAGCAGUCUCUAAACCCGAAACUCCUACCCCGACAGUGGAGGAAAUCAACUACAUGCAAGGAGGCGGAUUUAAUGUUAGCAAGGGAGGAGUAGUUGAGACACUCAAGAAGGAGGAAAAGUAUGAACAAGGGAUCACAAGGAUCUUGGAGGUAAUCGCGCAAGACAGGAAGGUUAAUGACACCAAGAUCGGAGUGGUCGAAGCUAGAAUAAACAACCUCGAGCAGGGAAUGAACACGAUCUCAACUGCCAUAGCCAACAUCAACACGCAAAUGGAGCAAAUCCAAAAGAAGUUAGAUGAGGACAGGGCAAAGGCAGCCACACGAGUGGACGACGUCAACAAAAAGUGGGUGGCAAAGCAGAAAACUGGGGACUGCCCAGUCGCCGGUGGACCGCCGCACACCACGCGGCGGACCGCCACUGAAGCACAAAAUGGAGUCUGCCCAGCCAUCGGAAGACCGCCGCACACUAUGCGGCGGGCCGCCACAGAGAUGGCAGAAGCACCCGCUCAGCAGGGACUCGUGCGGCACAAUGGGAUUGAAAUACCUAGGUACGCAAAGCUACUAAGGGAGGCGGUGAUGAGGAAGAGAAAGCCAACAAAAGCCGACCUUAAGCUACCACAUCAUUGCAGCGAGAUCAUCCAAAAGGAGAAGGCAGUGAAGCAGAGAGAUCCGGGCCAAUUCAUUAUCCGAUGCCGGAUUGGAGAGGGAAAGGUUGACAAGGCCCUAUGCGAUCUAGGAUCUUCCAUCAAUCUCAUGCCGCUGAAGUACUACGAAAAGCUCAACAUUGGGCCACUCAAAACUUCAGACGUAACACUCAGGUUGGCCGAUAACUCGACCAUAAAAACUUUUGGUAUGAUUGAGGAUGUCUUAGUGAAAAUAGAUGAUUUCAUUUUUCCCGCCGAUUUUAUUGUGCUUGACAUGAAAGUAGACAAGAACGUCCCUCUAAUCUUAGGGAGAGAUUUUUUUGCCACUUGCAAAGCUUUGAUUGAUGUAGGUCGUGGCGAGAUCACAAUUAGCGACAACCAUAGCCAAUCCACCUAUAAGAUCGAAAGCGAGAUGCUCAAGUUUGAGGAAGCAAAGCGGGCAAAGAUGGAACAGCAGUGUAGGGCAGUCAUGGUCACAGAUUUGACCAAACCCCAAUGA